AUGGGAAAAAGAGAAGAAACGGUGCGUAGCGCAGAACGAGGAAACACGCGGAAGGAGGAAUCGGCGGUGCUCCACCGGCGAUCGCUCAUCGGCGCCGGCGAACUUCAGAUCGCUGCUCUUGAUUCUCCGGUAAGUCGGUGGAUCGUCGCCGCCGCGUUCUUACGUUUUUACAGUUCAUGGAUCUGCGAUUUUUGUCGCCGAUUGUUGCGUCUUGUUGUCGGAUUGGAAUCUGGUGGAAGUAAUGCUUUGGAGGGGAAUAGUGUGUGUGGAAAUCUGGCAUGCGAUUUUUCUAGAGGCAUUUUUUGUGUGCUUUUCAUGGGAGGUGUGGAGGAUGAAGAACCAGCUUUGAAACGAAUGAAAGUAUCCUCUAAAGGAUUAGUUGGUCUCUCAAACGGUUCGUCGUCAGUGGAGCCUGUUGGAGGCUCUUCAAGCGACUUGAUGGCGCGGCCCCUGUCAUCUGAAGGGGACGGCGACGUUAUUGGUCCCAAAGGGGUUAUAAAAAGAGAGGAAUUUGUUAGGAUAAUCACAAAGGCAUUGUAUUCGCUUGGUUACAAGAAGAGCGGGGCACGCCUAGAAGAGGAGUCUGGCAUACCUCUGCACUCGUCUGAGGUGAAUCUGUUUAUGCAGCAAAUACUUGAUGGCCAUUGGGAUGAGAGCGUGGUCACAUUGAAUAAAAUUGGUCUAUCAGAUGAAAAUGUUCUCCGGGCAGCUUCUUUUUUAAUAUUGGAGCAGAAGUUUUUUGAACUUCUUGAUGGGGAAAAGGUCAUGGAUGCAUUGAAGACAUUGAGGACUGAGAUUACACCUCUUUGCGCUGAUAGUAGUAGAAUUCGUCAACUUUCUUCCUGCAUGCUUUCUCCAUGUGGCCAGGUUGAUUCUUCGAGGCUAGAUAUUGUACAGGUGAGGUCUCGGUCAAAACUGCUGGAGGAAUUGCAAAAUCUGCUUCCCCCAACAGUGCUGAUACCUGAAAAGAGAUUGGAACAUCUAGUUGAACAAGCUCUUAUCUUGCAACGAGAGGCUUGCCUAUUUCACAACUCAAUGGAUAAAGAGAUGUCAUUGUAUUCAGAUCAUCACUGUGGAAAAACUCAGAUACCUUCUAGAACAUUACAGAUAUUAGAAGCACAUGAUGAUGAAGUUUGGUAUGUUCAAUUUUCCCAUAAUGGGAAAUAUUUAGCUUCAGCAUCAAAUGAUCGAUCUGCAAUCAUUUGGGAGGUUGACAUGAAUGGUGGACUGUCUAUGAAGCAUAAAUUGUCUGGUCACCUGAAAUCUGUUUCUUCUGUUUCAUGGAGUCCUAAUGACCAAGAGCUCCUCACAUGUGGUGUGGAAGAGGCUGUUAGGCGGUGGGAUGUCUCUACCGGUAAAUGCCUGCAAGUUUAUGAAAAAAAUGGUCCUGGUCUCGUCUCGUGUGCAUGGUUUCCAAGUGGGAAAUAUAUACUUUCUGGCCUCAGUGACAAGAGCAUUUGCAUGUGGGAUUUAGAUGGGAAAGAAGUGGAGUGUUGGAAAGGACAGAGAACUCUCAAGAUUUCUGACUUGGAAAUAACAGGUGAUGGGGAACACGUUCUGAGUAUUUGUAAAGACAAUGCAAUACUGUUCUUCAACAAAGAAACGAAAGAAGAGAGAUUUAUUGAAGAAGAACAGACAAUAACUUCCUUCUCUUUGUCAAAGGAUAGCAGAUUCUUGUUGGCUAAUCUUUUGAACCAAGAAAUACACCUGUGGAAUAUAGAAGGUGAUCCUAAACUUGUUGGCAGGUACAGAAGUCAUAAACGCACCCGGUUUAUUGUCAGAUCUUGCUUUGGUGGUCUUAAGCAAUCUUUUAUUGCUAGUGGUAGUGAGGAUUCACAGGUUUACAUAUGGCACAGAAACUCGGGGGAUCUAGUAGAGGCAUUGCCUGGUCAUUCUGGAGCUGUUAACUGUGUGAGCUGGAACCCAGCAAAUCCUCACAUGUUAGCCUCGGCCAGUGAUGAUAGAACAAUUCGGAUAUGGGGCCUAAAGCGCCUCAAUGUAAAGUACCCCCCUAAUCUACGCACCAAUGGCAUCCAUUACUGCAAUGGUGGAGGCGAACUUAGAUGA